AUGGCGACUCCCGAAAACCAGUGGAACAAGCCCAGGCGGCAGCCCUCAUCGAGACCCCCGCCCGCCUCAGAGGCCGUGGUGACGGACGGCUUCGUUCUUCCAAAUCUCGACGUGCCUGCCGAUGCGCCGCCGGCAUAUGGAAGUCAUCAUGAUCAGCUGCAGUUCUCGCGGACAGGGUUUGAGGCUGGAGCCAUCUUGACAGCCGAUGGAAGAGUCAACAUCAAUAUCAACACCAAGAACCAGAGACUUGCGGAGCUUCUUGGGCCGAGCAUCGCCAGCCAGAUCGCAGCCCAGCCGUCAUUACCACCGGCAUAUACGUUGCCGAGUCUCGCAGGUGAGCCCGGCAAGGAGCCUCCUCCGCGGCUCAACGUCGUCAUUCAGAUUGUGGGAUCGCGUGGCGAUGUCCAGCCAUUUGUUGCUCUCGGUCAAGUAUUGAAAGACACGUAUGGCCACCGGAUCCGCAUCGCAACGCAUGCGACUUUCAAGACAUUUGUCGAAGAGAAUGGCCUCGAGUUCUUCAACAUAGGCGGAGACCCCGCUGAGCUCAUGGCAUUUAUGGUGAAGCAUCCAGGCCUCAUGCCGGGUAUAGACGCUCUGAAGAGUGGUGAGAUCAGAAGGCGCCGCAAGGGAGUCCAGGAGAUGAUGCUUGGGUGCUGGAGAUCCUGCAUCGAGGCGGGAGACGGACUGGGACCGCCACCGGAACCGCAUAGGAGAAUGGAGCAGUGGGAUCCAUCAGCGGGCAUGCCUGGAGAUCCGAAUCAUGAACCUUUCGUCGCCGACGCCAUUAUUGCGAAUCCACCCAGUUUCGCUCACAUUCACAUUGCGGAAAAGCUUGGAAUUCCUUUGCAUAUGAUGUUUACAAUGCCCUGGACACCCACACGAGCGUUUCCCCAUCCACUUGCUAAUAUUCAAUCUUCAAAUGCCGACGAUGUCCUUACCAACUACCUAACGUACACGCUCGUGGAGAUGAUGACUUGGCAGGGACUGGGAGACAUCAUCAACCGAUUCCGCGAAAAUGCUUUGGACCUUGCUCCUCUCUCCCUAAUCUGGGCCCCGGGACUCCUCAACAGACUCAAAAUCUCAUACACUUACUGUUGGUCACCCGCAUUGAUUCCAAAGCCAAAUGAUUGGGGCCCAAACAUUGACGUUGCGGGCUUUUAUUUCUUGAACCUUGCAUCCUCGUUCACGCCAGAGCCUGAUCUUGCUGCCUUCUUAGAGGCUGGCCCUCCGCCGGUGUAUAUCGGCUUUGGCUCCAUUGUCGUGGAUGAUCCCAAUGCCAUGACAAGGCUGAUCCUGGACGCUAUUCACCUGGCUGGCGUACGAGCUCUAGUUUCCAAAGGCUGGGGAGGCCUAGGAAUCGACGCAGUAGGAGUCCCUGACGGCGUAUUCAUGCUCGGCAAUGUUCCCCACGACUGGCUCUUUGAAAGAGUAUCUUGCGUUGUCCACCAUGGCGGCGCUGGAACGACCGCGGCUGGCAUCAAAGCCGGCAAACCUACUAUUGUCGUUCCAUUCUUUGGUGAUCAGCCGUUUUGGGGAGCCAUGAUUGCAAGGGCCAAGGCUGGACCGCCCCCCAUUCCUCAAAAGGCCUUGACGGCCGAGAAACUUGCCGAGGCGAUAACAUUCUGUCUCCAGCCGGAUACUCAGGCGCAAGCCCAAGCACUUGGCUGCAAGAUCCGAGAGGAGAAGGGUACAGAAGCUGGAAGCCGAAGCUUCCAUAAUCAUCUCAAUGUGGAUUCUCUUCGCUGUUCCGUGGCUCCCAGUCGAGCUGCGGCCUGGCGUCUGAAAAGGACAAAAGUGCGACUCAGCCCGUUGGCUGCCGCUGUGCUCGUUCAACGACGUCUCAUACAAUAUUCAGACUUGAAGCUAUACCGUCCAUACGAGUACAACACAGAGGAUCAGCCUCCGGACCCAAUCACCGCAGGUGCUUGCUCUUUAGUCACCGACAUCAGCGACAUAGGCAUGGCGAUUGUGGACAUGCCAUUGGAUAUACUCAAGAGCCCCAGAAAAGCUAGGGAAGCGAUGGGGGAUGCCGCCAGUCAAGCUAGCGGUGAUGACAGCGACGCAGCAUCGAUACCUGGCUCGCUCAAAGGGCGCCCUGGUACUAAAACCCCAACAGCAGCCAGCGCUGCAGAGACCGUGGGUGAUGCAAGCUCUGUAGCACCACUUGGCCAUUCUCCCUCAUUACCGGCUGAAAUCGAUAGGACCCGAUCUCCUACCGCUGGUAGUGGAGGAGGAAGCCGCUCAUCAUCCCGUCGAAGGGCGCUUUCUGCCACAACUAUGGAGGCUGCAGUUGGCACGAGCAGGAAUGUUGGACGUAUCGUGACAACGGGAGUCAAAUCACCUAUGAACUUCUGCCUUGGUCUCGCCAAAGGGUUCAGGAAUAUUCCCCGACUGUACAACGAUGAUACUGUUCGAACGGUCGAAAAGGUGACGGACUUCAACAGCGGCGUACGUGUUGCGAGUAAAGAGCUUGGCUACGGUCUUUACGAUGGGAUCUCAGGACUCGUCACGCAGCCGAUGAGGGGAGCGCAGAAAGACGGUGCUGCCGGGCUGCUCAAGGGCUUUGGGAAGGGUGUCGGUGGGCUUAUCGCCAAGCCCGCGGCAGGCUUCUGGGGCCUUCCCGCAUACGUAAUGCAAGGCGCGUAUGCUGAGCUCAACAAGUUUCUGUCAAGGAGCGUGCAGAACUAUAUCAUCACCUCGAGAGUUGUCCAAGGCGAGCGGGAACUGCAAAUGGCAUCGGAAGGAGAGAAGGCGGAUAUUGUCAAUCGCUGGAAGCACGAUGCUGAGCUGGGGGCCCUUUAUCAAAGAAAUGCAAAAGGCCAGGAACGAGGACAUUCCCGGAUCAGUUCUGGAGAUGGAUCGAGCUUUUGGCGUUCCCCUCUUUCAGAAGGACGGCGUCAACUCGGCGCUGCGCUGGGGGAUUCAAAACAACAGCAACCAAGUCGGACCAUGGAGCGCUCCUAUUCUCCCGUUCGGAAAUCCGCAGACACAGCGUCUGUUGCCGAUACGGAAUACGAGGCGGCCAUCAGAGCUUCAGUCAUGGAGACUUCUCGUGGCGAUGUAGAGGAGGACGCCAUGAUUGAGGCGGCUAUUCGCGAGAGCGUCAAAGCGAUGCGACAGCAAGGCUCGCUGCCCGACCCUGUCGAUUUGGCGGCAACUGUCAAGCAUCAUGACCUGUUUGAGGACGAGGACUACAAGAUUACGGAUGAGGAAUACCAGAAUCUCAUCGAACAGGCUCUUCGCGAAAGCCUGGUUGGACACGCGGCCGAUCCCAGCGUAGCCCAAGCAUCCAGCAGCAACCAGGAGCUUGACGCUGGGAAAUCCGCCCCGCCAGCUUAUGAGGGUCACACACGUAGUAGUGGUUCGGCGUUUACUCCGAUGAGCGACGAAGAUGCUGACUUGCAGCGGGCCAUUGAGGAAUCACGAAGGCCGCCCCCUACCCUCCCGCCCCGUAUCUCGCCAUCUCAGCAGGUGGAGGAUGAUGAGGAAGAGGAACAGCUAAGGAGAGCCAUUGAGGAGUCUAAAAAUGAAAUGGAGCGGGCCCAGAAUAAGAGGACAGAGGAAGACAUUGUUUUGGAAUAUGUCAAGAAGCAGAGCCUCGCCGAAGAGGAAUAUCGGAAACAGCAUCUGGCCAAAGGAAAGGGGAAGGAAGUGGCGGAUGCUGCCGACGACGACGACGAGGAAGAGUUGAGGAGGGCCAUUGAGGAGAGCUUGAGGCUGAGCGGAGAGGGUAGUUCCGCGCCACCUGAAGCUUGA